GAAGCACAUAACCACUUCUCUCUCUAAUCACCUGACAUAAUGGUGCAUUUUACAGCUGAGGAGAAGGCUGCCAUCACUAGCCUAUGGGGCAAGGUGAAUGUGGAAGAGGCUGGAGGCGAGGCCCUCGGCAGGCUCCUGGUUGUUUACCCCUGGACCCAGAGGUUCUUUGACAACUUUGGCAACCUGUCCUCUACUUCUGCCAUAAUGGGUAAUCCCAAGGUCAAGGCCCAUGGCAAGAAGGUGCUGACCUCCUUUGGAGAUGCUAUUAAGAACAUGGACAACCUCAAGGGUGCCUUUGCUAAGCUGAGUGAACUGCACUGUGACAAGCUGCACGUGGAUCCUGAGAACUUCAGGCUCCUGGGCAAUGUGCUGGUGAUCAUUCUGGCUACUCAUUUUGGCAAGGAAUUCACCCCUGAUGUGCAGGCCAUGUGGCAGAAGCUGGUGGCUGGGGUUGCCACUGCUCUGGCCCACAAGUACCACUGAGUUGUCCUUCUGGUUCAACAGUGCUCUUUUGUGUCCCCAGGAAUCUCCUUCUGUAUAUGGGGACUUGCGUUUGGCCUUGAGAGCACAGUUUCUGUUUAAUAAAGUCCAUUCUAUUCAAUCAUCAUAAAUGAA